CCGUCUGCUAGUAAUAUCUGUUAGCAACCGAAUCCGACCGUCAGUUCAAAAUAAAAUAAAAGAAAUGGCUAAUAUUACGCGUACUUUGCAUACGUCAUUCACAAAAUCCAUCGGAAACCGUAAAACAAUAUCGAAAGUUCUAAGUAUCCCAUUCAACAGGUUAGCUUCGACUGACAUCUCAACGACCGAGUUACCUGAACAAGAGGUGCUAAAUGAAAAACAAUUGACUGCAGCUGCUCUCGAAGCCAAAAGAAACAAAUCUAGAUUGAAACCUCGUCAUUAUAAGAUACUGCAUGGACAGAUGCAAGUUGAUCCUCAGAAUCCUGAAUUCCCCUAUGAAGAAACUGUUAAGUUCAGAAGAAAGUUGAUUGCUCAACAUGGCCUGGCCACUGGAAUUAACCUAGGAAUUGCUUGGUCAACAAAGGAAGAGCUCCAGGAGAAAACUGAGUAUGAAAAGGUGGCUCACCCCUUCACAUUACAGCAAAUAGUUGAACAGAAGAAAAAGUUAAGAGAGGAAGAAAUGAAGAAAAUUGAGGCCAGACAAAAGGAUAUUGAAUUAAAAAUGGGAAAACUUGCUUUGUGGAUGAAGGAACUAAAGGACAGACAAGAGAAGAAGGAAGCAGUUGCUCGUGCUGCACAGGAAAAGAAAGACAUCUUAAUCGAAGAAGUUCGACAACACUUUGGGUAUGUUGUUAGCAUGAAGGACCCCAAAUUCCAAGAGAUGUUGGAACAAAGGGAAAAAGAGGCAAAGAAAGCUGAAAAAGAAAUGAAAAAGAAAGUCAGAACGGAAAAGGCUACUAGUAAAGCUAUUGCUCAAGCUGAAGCAGUAAGUACUGGAAACGAAAUAAAAAUGGAAUAAAAACAAUAUGAUGUCAAUUUGUACGGUCAUUAAAUAGUCAGAAUAAAAAUAAAAAACUUCACUAAAA